ACACACACACACACACACACACACACACACACACACACACACACACAACAUUAAUACAAAUAGAUGCGCUGCAACAAAGCAACAGAGAUUGGGAUGCUCAUUCUUACAGAGCAUUAUAGUGAACAUGUGAGGCAGAGAUAAACAGACAGACGCAGACAGACAGAUUGAUUUAAAACACUUAGUAACAUGUACUUGUUAUAAGCAAUUCUAAGUGACCAUUACUUUCCCGUUCAUUCCCAUUCAUUGAAGCAUUUCAGUGUUGAGACGCAAAGGUAGUGUAAGUGUUGAGGCAGCGGUGGUAGUGGCCCCUUGACCUCGCAGCGAGGCAGGAAGGGGAGGCGAGGGACACCAGCAGUGACUGGCCUGAAGGCGCCUUGCGUCCCGCCUCCUCUGUGCGACCCUCUCCCUUGAUUGCCUUCAUGCAUCAAUCGCAGCAUGACUUGUGCUCCUCCUCUUCAGUCUCACUUAACUACCACCUUCAUAUUCUAGACACCGCUGAAUGUUGGCAAGCUUUACAUUUAUUAUUUUUGCUUCUUUUUAUUUUCUUAUUUGAUCUUGUUAUAUAUGUAAUGGUGUUUGUUCGUUUUAUUUUGUUGCAGCUGUUGUGCAUAUUUAACAUUCUCAGCGUUUGAAGUGUGUUCUGUUUUCAGUGUUGUUUUCCAUGUAUCCAUGUGUUCUUGCUUGGAGGAAUUUGACACGUUUUAUUUAUGACAUUUCGUGUUUUUGUUCAGUAUUUAUUCUUUCCUCUUUUGUUCAUGUGUAUGUUGUUAACUCAUGCAGUAAAUUAUUUCUGGUGGUUCUGUUUAUGAUGCUUCAUUUUUAGCUCUUUUUAGAAUAGUGAAGCUGCAUCACUUUUUUAUGUGGAUGUUUUGAUAUUUUCAGGAAAGGAUGGCAGGUGGUGCCGCGGUGAACACUCCCAACACAUGCAGGAGGAAAGAAAGGAUGGCAGGUGGUGCCGCGGUGAACACUCCCAACACAUGCAGGAGGAAAGGUCUAACACAGUCCUCUGAUUUUGUGUUUGUCUUGUCGGAUGCAGCAGCGGCGGGAGCUUUUUCCUUCCUCGCGGCCAGACGACGCGGACUGGCUUUUUCCUGCUCCUCCUGACACACUCACAGUUUACCGACCGCGACGAGUGUCAGGUGAACAAUGGCGGAUGCGAACACUCCUGCAAGAACACCGUGGGCUCCUUCAUGUGUUGCUGCAGCCCGGGGUACAGACUGAGGCGUGACGGCCGCACGUGUCAAGAUGUGAAUGAGUGUGAGUUUCACAACGGCGGAUGCUCUCACGAAUGUGCCAACACUGUGGGCUCCUACCGCUGUCUCUGUGGUCCCGGGAGCCGCCUGAUGCCCGACGGACGCACCUGUGUUGCUUCGCCCUCUUGUGCCACGAGACGCAGACCUAACAUGGCGUGUCGUCUUGCAGGUGAGGCUUCGUGUGGCGUGAGGAAUGGCGGCUGUGACCAUUACUGCGACGACACCGCGGGCAGGCCAAAGUGCUCCUGCCGGCCCGGGUACAUACUUGGCCAAGACGGACGGCGAUGCGAGGCGGCGGAUCCCUGCGUGGUGGAUAACGGUGGCUGUCAACACAUCUGCCUACAAGAGCAGGGCCGUGCACGCUGCACAUGUCAAAGAGGGUUUACUUUGGCUAACGACCGUGUUUCGUGUGUUGACCUUGAUGAGUGUAAUAUACCAGGCACCUGCAGUCAGUAAUGUCGGAAUAUCUGGGGCUCCUACGAGUGCAUCUGCAACUCUGGUUACCAGCUUGGCACUGACAACAAGUCCUGUUACAGUAAGUAACCGGGAAGGCAGGCAAAUUUACCUUCUGGGAAAAAAAAAAAGUCUUCAGUUAAUACCACUAUUUUCUAAUUGUUCCCUUUCCAGUGAUCGACAUGGAGGUCAUUAACUCUUGUCUUGAAAACAACGGUGGUUGCCAGCACAUG